GCGUGCAAAACCUGAAACCCUAAUCUCCUACUGCAGCCCGCCGCAAGGAAAUUGUUGGUAACAAGCUCUCUCUUCCUCGAGUGUGAAAAUGUCGACUGGAGAGGUUGCUUGCACUUACGCGACUUUGAUUCUUCACGAUGAUAACAUCCCGGUCACUGCUGAGAAAAUCUCAACCUUGGUGAAAGCUGCAAAUGUUGAUGUUGAAUCUUACUGGCCAAGCUUAUUCGCUAAGCUUGCUGAGAAGCGAGACAUUGAGGAUCUGAUCUUGAAUGCCGGAGGUGGUGGGGCUCCAGUUGUUGCUGCUGCUCCUGCUGCCGCUGGUGCUGGAGCUGCCCCUGCAGCUGCUCCUGCUGCUGAGGAGAAGAAGAAGGAAGAACCCCAGGAAGAGAGUGAUGACGACAUGGGCUUCAGCUUGUUUGAUUAGAGUCUCCUUCCAGUAUGAUAUGUUUUUAUUUUCUUUGUUACUGUAAUGGUAGUUUAUUUAUGGAUCUGGUAGGUCUUUAUUUCAUGAUGACUACUUACAAAUAUAUGUGAAAGUCAUGAUUUUGUAGUUCUUUCAACUUGGCAAUUUGGAUUUAUGUCCAAUCUAAGAUUUCGGACGUGAGAAAUUUUGAUACUUUGGCAGCUAUUUUUCUGAAAAUAUGUUGUAGUCUUA